AUAUAUAGAAAUUGUGUUAAAGAGGUGAAGACAUGCAAUUUGUGUUACGUGAAUAGAAAAAGAAAAGUUUGAAGAUGGCACAACAAGUGGAACUGAGAGAUGAACAUGGAAACCCUGUGAAACUCACAGAUGCAUAUGGAAACCCUGUGUGGUUAACAGAUGAGAAAGGUAACCCAGUGCACCUUACUGGUGUGGCAACCGUUGCAGAUCACACUCCUCAACACAUUCCUCUUCAUUCCAACUCUACUUCAACCUCAUUUUCUUUUGAGGAUAAUAGAACAAAAGAGAAGUGUGCAGCAGAAGGUGAAGGAGAGAUGAAGGAACAUUCACACAGCAAAGCAUCACUAAAGGAGAAGUUAGAAGAAGAAGAAGAAGAAAAGUUAGAAGCAUCACUGAAAGAGAAGUUAGAAGAAGAAGAAGAGAAGUUAGAAGCAUUACUAAGAGAGAAGUUAGAAGAAGAAUUAGAGGAAGAGAAAAAAGAGUAUUCACGCAUGAAAACAUCACCAAAAGAGAUUAAGUUAGAAGACGAUGAAGAGAAGAAGAAGAGGACAGAAGAUUCAGACAGCAGAAGUUAUAGAAAUAGUGAUGAUGGUAACAUUGAUGAACACAGAAGCACAAAAAAAGGGAUAAUAGAAAUGAUCAAAGAAAGAUUGCCAGGUCAAGGAAACUAUUAAAUAUCUAUAAUGAAUAUAUAUUCAUCAACUUAUUAUAUAUUAAGUUUUUUAUGUUAAGAAUGUAUGUUUCUGAGUUUUGUUUGAGAUAGUUAGCACAUGUAUAUAUUAAUAAGAGAAAUAUAUUAUUUCUCGUAAAC